AUGGUUCUUACUUGUUCUGCAAUACCUUGCAGAUUUUUAAUAUCUGCACUGAGCAUCAUUAAUCUCUCUAUAGCUGCAGAGCGUUCCAUCGUAGAGCUCUACCAGUAUUUGUUUAUCCUCUCCUCCACUGGUGAAUUAUUUAGAUCGUUUCUGGAAUUCUGCUAUGAUAAACCAUGCUACGAUGAACAUUCUUGUGCAUCUGCCACUUGGCAUGUGGUGUACAGCUUCAUCAUACACAACAAAGACACUUUCUUCAACAAUGCCACAAGAAGUAGAAUUGUACAUCAUAUUUUGCAAAGAAUAAAGUAUGAAGAAGGAAAAAACAAAAUUGGUCUGAAUCGUUUGCUUACUAAUGGCUCCUAUGAAGCUGCAUUUCCUCUGCACGAGGGAAGUUACAGAAGUAAAAACUCCAUUAGAACCCACGGAGCGGUAAACCACCGACAUCUGCUCUAUGAGUGCUGGGCGUCCUGGGGUGUGUGGUAUAAAUACCAGCCUUUGGAUCUUGUAAGGCGGUACUUUGGAGAGAAGAUUGGGUUGUAUUUUGCCUGGUUGGGCUGGUACACCGGCAUGCUCUUCCCAGCUGCCUUCAUUGGAUUGUUUGUCUUUUUGUAUGGCGUCAUCACUCUGGAUCACUGCCAAGUCAGUAAAGAAGUCUGCCAAGCUACAGAUAUCAUCAUGUGUCCUGUGUGUGAUAAAUACUGUCCAUUCAUGAGGCUGUCAGACAGCUGUGUUUAUGCCAAGGUGACCCACCUCUUUGACAAUGGCGCCACUGUUUUCUUUGCUGUUUUCAUGGCGGUCUGGGCGACAGUUUUUCUGGAGUUUUGGAAAAGACGGAGAGCAGUAAUUGCUUAUGACUGGGAUUUGAUAGACUGGGAAGAAGAGGAGGAAGAAAUACGGCCCCAGUUUGAAGCCAAGUAUUCCAAGAAAGAACGGAUGAAUCCCAUUUCAGGCAAGCCAGAACCAUAUCAAGCAUUUGCAGAUAAAUGCAGCCGACUUAUUGUUUCUGCAUCUGGAAUAUUUUUUAUGAUCUGCGUGGUGAUCGCCGCUGUGUUCGGGAUCGUCAUUUACAGGGUGGUGACCGUCAGCACUUUCGCAGCCUUUAAGUGGGCGUUAAUCAGGAAUAAUUCUCAGGUUGCAACCACAGGAACUGCCGUGUGCAUCAAUUUCUGCAUCAUUAUGCUGCUGAACGUGCUCUAUGAAAAGGUUGCUCUUCUUCUGACAAAUUUAGAACAGCCUCGCACAGAGUCCGAGUGGGAGAACAGCUUCACCCUGAAAAUGUUUCUUUUUCAGUUCGUCAAUCUGAACAGCUCCACGUUUUACAUCGCGUUCUUCCUCGGGAGAUUCACAGGACACCCAGGUGCCUACCUGAGGCUGAUAAACAGGUGGAGACUAGAAGAGUGCCACCCUAGUGGAUGCCUUAUUGAUCUCUGUAUGCAAAUGGGUAUUAUAAUGGUGCUAAAGCAGACCUGGAAUAAUUUCAUGGAACUUGGCUACCCGUUAAUUCAGAAUUGGUGGACUAGAAGAAAAGUACGACAAGAACGUGGGCCUGAAAGGAAAAUAAGUUUCCCACAAUGGGAAAAGGACUACAACCUUCAGCCGAUGAACGCCUAUGGGCUCUUUGAUGAAUACUUAGAAAUGAGUAUGAAGAUA